AUGGGGCGCCGACAGGGCCUCGAGUUCUGCUGCCUGGGCGUACCUCUGGUCAACGCAGGGGCGUACCUGGUGUCGUUCGAGUUCCUCUUCGUCUCGAUCUGUCUCGUGGUGCUGGCGAUCUGCCCGCCGCCCAUCGUCGCGGCGAUGGGGGUGCUCCCGCCGUGGUACAAGCUGGCCCUGAUCGGUCUGGGCGGCUUCUCGAUCGCGCUCCAGGUCCUCGGUCUGCUCACCAUCCUGCGUCAGUCGAUCGGGUGGUAUCGCGCCUACAUCCGCAUCAACUUUGCCACCACCCUGACCGUGAUUGUCGUCUCGACCAUCGGUACCGUCGUCAUGGCGCUGGCGCACGACAAGGCGUCGGCCAUCUGCAAGAGCAUCUACGGCAACGAACCCAUCAACAGCGGACUCGGGUUCCGCGUCGACUACCUCUCCGACGCCCUCAAGGACUCGGGCCGGAUGAUCUGCAACGUGUUCACCUACGUCCAGGUCGGAGCGAUAGGCGGGUUGAUUGCGCUCGUCGGCUUGACACAACUCUACAUGUGCUACUGCCAGAGGGUGUACGGCCAGCGGCAGAGGGAGGCUUGGGACAAGAUGCACGCGCAGGAUCACGACUACGGCGACAGCUCGACGGACAAGUUUGACCUCUCGACCUCGUCGAGCAGCCUCGUCAAUCCUCACAAGGUGUAG